CGCUCGGGCAGUGCGCGCCGCACCGACCUCAGCCAGCCCCGCCGGGAAACUAACAAAGGCGGGCUCUAGCCCCGAGCCCAGGAGCCGCGAGCGGCGGCCGCGGGGCCGGGGAGCCUGGGCCGGGCCAGGCAAGGACUACUCCGGAGUCAGGAGGCAGCAGCGGCGGAGGACGCGGAUCCCCGGCCCUCAGAGCCGCUCGGACGCCGCCGGCACCAUGGGCUGCUGCACCGGGCGCUGCUCGCUCAUCUGCCUCUGCGCGCUGCAGUUGCUCUCAGCAUUAGAGAGGCAGAUCUUUGACUUCCUUGGUUUCCAGUGGGCGCCUAUUCUUGGAAAUUUUCUACACAUAAUAGUUGUCAUAUUGGGUUUGUUUGGAACCAUUCAGUACAGACCUCGAUACAUCAUGGUGUAUACUGUGUGGACUGCCCUCUGGGUCACCUGGAAUGUGUUCAUUAUCUGCUUUUAUUUGGAAGUCGGUGGACUUUCUAAGGACACCGAUCUAAUGACAUUCAAUAUCUCUGUCCAUCGGUCAUGGUGGAGAGAACAUGGGCCUGGCUGUGUCAGAAGAGUGUUGCCUCCCUCAGCCCAUGGCAUGAUGGACGAUUACACGUACGUCUCUGUCACAGGCUGCAUCGUUGACUUCCAGUACCUGGAGGUCAUCCACAGUGCCGUCCAAAUACUACUCUCUUUGGUGGGUUUUGUGUAUGCCUGCUAUGUGAUCAGUAUUUCCAUGGAAGAAGAAGACACAUUUGAUUUCAUAGGUGGACUUGAUACCCACUCCUACUACCAGGAUCAUGUUGAGUUAAAGCCUGUUAAACCAGUCGAAAUAAGUAAUGACAUUGAACCAGAAAUGCGGCUGCUGAACUUGACUUAGGGAGCAAAGCACCACUGACUGACUGCGAGCCUCGGUGGAUCUGACCCGCCUCACGUUCCUUCCACGGGCUGAACUGUGCUUCCCAGCUUUCCCACAAAUCAUGGAGUUCUUCGGUCAUAGCCUUUGUAUUAUUAGCAUUGUUCUCUAGAUGAGUUUUAGGUACUUGGGUGGGUAUUUUUUUAGUCAUUUUCUUCUUAUAUGAAC